CGAGCGACGUCGCGGCGGCCAUUGUGCCGCUGCCAGGUUUGAAAGCAGCGCCCCAGAGGGGGCCGCCCGGGCUGCGCUGUGGUUGGUGGAGCGGGCGGGCCCGAAGCAGGGCCGGGUGCGCGAGAGGCACGGCCCCCCUCCCCGCAGGCCCGCCGCCUCUCCCUCCCGCGCGUGUGUGUCCCCGGCAUUGUCGUCCGGCCCGGCCCCGCUGCCCGGGGGCCUCGGGUUCCGGGGCUGGCCCGCCGCCGUCUCCCACCACCACGUAAUGCAUGUAAUGUCUGGGUGUGCGCCGAGGUUGUGCGGGCACUGACGGGGAGAGCUCCGCGCCGGCGGCUGCCGCCAUGGAGAAAGGAGGCGGUGGCUGCGGGAGGGGGUGAUCGGGCGCCCCUCUCUUGCCUUGGCCGCCCCCCCCAACCACCACCCCCCCCCCGCCCCAUGAGACUCUGCCUGGCCUGGCUGGGCUGCUACACCUUGUCGCUGUGGGUGCUGAGGAAGAGGAUGUGGUCUGGGCCUGCCAGGUACCUGAGGAGCCCUUUAUCCAGGUCUCUCUACAUGAAUAUGAUGGGCAGCCACAGCCAGCCGGUCCCGGGCAUCAAGGAGAACCACCAGUGGUACGUGUGCAAUACAGAGCAGCUGUGCGAGUCUCUUCAGCCUGUCUUUGUCCAGAGUUACCUUGACCAAGGAACACAGAUCUUCUUGAACAACAGCAUUGAGAAAUCGGGCUGGCUGUUCAUUCAGCUUUAUCACUCCUUCGUGUCCUCCGUUUUCAGCCUGUUCAUGUCUAGGACGUCUAUCAACGGGUUGCUGGGAAGAGGUUCAAUGUUUGUGUUUUCACCAGAACAAUUUCAGAGACUGCUCAAAAUAAAUCCAGACUGGAAAUCCCGCCGGCUUCUCGAUUUAGGGGCCGGAGAUGGAGAAGUUACGAAAGUCAUGAGCCCUCACUUUGAAGAAAUUUAUGCUACUGAGUUGUCUGAAACCAUGAUAUGGCAGCUUCAGAAGAAGAAAUACAGAGUCCUCGGCAUCAAUGAAUGGCAGAACACAGGAUUCCAGUACGAUGUCAUCAGCUGUUUGAAUCUGCUCGAUCGCUGUGAUCAGCCAUUGACUGUAUUAAAAGAUAUUAGAAGCGUUCUGGAGCCGACGAGGGGCAGAGUCAUCCUGGCGCUGGUUCUGCCUUUUCAUCCAUAUGUAGAAAAUGGUGGCAAGUGGGAUAAACCUUCAGAAGUUUUGGAAAUCAAAGGACAGACGUGGGAGGAGCAAGUGAACAGCUUGCCAGAGGUUUUCAGGAAGGCUGGCUUUGCCAUAGAGGCUUUCACUAGACUGCCGUACUUGUGUGAAGGUGACAUGUAUAAUGACUACUACGUCCUAGAUGAUGCUGUCUUCGUCCUCAGACCUGUGUAAAUGUGUCUCCCGAUUUGAACCCAAGAAGCAGCCUGUGAAUGAAGCAUUUUGGUUUUUUUUUAUUUUUAUUUUUUCUUGAUUACCGAAAGGGAGGGGGGGGACUCUUUUUGUGGUUGUCCAUUCUAAAUCGACAUCAUGUAUGAAUUCUAAAGGUCAAAAUACUAAUUUCUUUGUAGUAUGUAAAAAGAAAAUGACUUUUUUAAAAAACAAAAAGUGAAAACCACGGAACUCUUCUUCUGAGGAUUUCUUAUCCCCUCACAAUGCGCCUGCAACCCAACAAUGAACUGAAGAUAUUUUUAUACCUAACUAUUGCAGGGCUCGUGAUCCAGCAAUAGCCAGGAUGUUGCGCACGCCUGAAUCUGGCGCAGCUGGUUUUUAAAGGACAUCUGAAGAUCACACUGGCAAUAAUACUGGGUUGAUGAUCAAGUGUUGGAAUGGAUUUCAUCCAUGUUUAUGAAGUUAUUUUACCUGUCAGUCUUCAGCACAUGUUUUUAAUCAUGCUAAUAAAACUUUUUUUGAGAUGA